CAAUCUGUGACCACAAGUGCUGUUAGUGUAAUAUUAAAUACUUUUCUCUGCUAAAAUAACUCUCAAACUCAAGGCAUUCAGUUCUGCACUAGUUGUCCCAAGUAAUUGUAUCAAAUGUUAUUAAGAUUAUAUAUAGCGACUGCAAUAAUUUCUUACUAGUAAUUUUAUGAAAGUAUUCAACUAUAUGUAAUGAAAUCAGGAUCACCUAAUCCUACUCCAUUAGGUGUCAAGAUAUUUUGAGUUUGUGCAGAAAUGUGUAAUAGAGAUGUGUAUUUAAAAUUUUCGUAUUGUUUAUGAAGAUAAUGGAGUUGGAACUUCUUAUUUGCACAUUUACGCUCCAUUGAUAUUUCGAUUGAAUUAUUGAUCCGCAAAGAACUGAUCGAUCUACAGUUUUAUGGAAAGGUAAAAAUGUUGGUCUAUCUUUGUACAGAUACAAAGAGGUGCUUAUUAUUCGAAGUUAAGUUGUUUCACGCUAAGAUACAUUGACGUGAAAUCAUUUUUUUAUCAGUCAGGAAAUAAAUUGUAGAAAAAGAAGAAGUACUUCAAGUUAAAGUAGUAGUACUGAAUGGUGGUGGUAUGAAGCGUAGUGCAAGUCAGUCAAGAUCUGAAGACGUUAUGGCCACAGCUAAUAAAAACAAGACAUUUAGACUGUUCAAUGACCCAGUCCACGGACACAUUGAGCUCAAUGAAGCGUGUCAGCUGAUUGUUGAUACCAAAGAAUUUCAACGUCUGAGAAACAUCAAACAACUUGGAAUGGUGGAUUUUGUUUUUCCUGGUGCCACUCAUACAAGAUUUGAACACGCCUUGGGAACUUAUCACCUAGCUGGGAAAUUUUUGCGCAGUCUAAGAGAAUAUCAUACAGAAGUCCCAAUGAAGAAGAAAAAAACGACUACAGUAGCUGAGGAGGACGAUAAAAUGGAAAUAUCAGAUAUCUCAGAUAAAGAUAUUUUAUGUGUCGAAAUAGCAGGCCUCUGUCAUGAUCUAGGUUGUGGGCCACUGUCUACGCUUUUCUCUAAAAGAUUUCUUGUCGCCCUUGAAAAGAACCCAGCUUUGAAAGAUAAUGCGAAGGUAUGGCUCAAAAAUCGAAAUGUUUUAAUGUUUGAACAUAUGUUGAAAAUGAAUUCUCUAGAGGUAAAGCUGAAAAAAUUUGAAAUUGAAGCACAUGACAUCAUAUUUAUUAAAGAGUUAAUUGGGGGCUAUGAAUGUAAUGGUUCUACGGCAUGGCCUUACAAAGGCAGAAAUGAAAAAAAUGCAUUUUUGUAUGAGAUUGUUAGUAAUCACCGCAAUGGUGUGGAUGUAUGUAAAUUUGACUAUAUGGCCAGAGACUGUCACAAUCUUGGCAUUGUCAACAACUUCGAUGCUCAGCGCUACGUUGAGUUUGCAAGAAUUAUAGAAGUAGAUGGAGAAAUACAAAUUUGUACAAGAAACAAGGAAUUAGGUAAUUUAUACAACAUGUUCUUCACAAGAUAUAAUCUUCACAAAUUUGCUUACCAACACCCAGUGGUAUGUGGUAUGGAACUGAUGAUUGUAGAUGUACUUGAACAAAUCAUAGACAAAUUCAAGAUUUUAAAGGUUGAUUGUACUGAGUUUAUACUACAAGCAGUAGAAAGUUACAUGAGAUUGGAAAAUGAAAGAGUGAACGAUAUUCUUAAAGCAGUGAAAACCCUUCUUUCAUCAAAUACUAAAUUGAACGAUGUUCUUGAAGCUGUGAAAACCCUUCUGUCAUUAGAGACUAACGUGAUCGAUUUUAUUGAAGCUGUGAAAACCCUUCUGUCAUCAGAGACUAAAGUGAACGAUGUUCUUGAAGCUGUGAAAACCCUUCUGUCAUCAGAGACUAAAGUGAAAGAAGUUCUUGAAGCUGUGAAAACAUUUCUGUCAUCAGAAACUAAAUUGAACGAUGUUCUUCAAGCUGUGAAAACCCAUCUGUCCUCUGAGACUAAAGUGAGCGAUGUUCUUAAAGCUUUGAAAACCCUUCUGUCAUCAGAUACUAAAAUUAAUGAUAAUUGUGAAGCUGUGAAACCCCAUCUGUCAUCAGAGACUAAAGUAAAAAAAGUUCUUGAUGAUGUGAAAACAAUUGUAUCAUCAGAGACUAAGAUGAACGAUGUCCUUGAAGCUUUAAAAACCCUUCUAUCAAUGGAGAAUAAAUUGAAAGAUGUUCUUACAGCGGUGAAUACCCUUCUGUCAUCAGAGACUAAAGUGAACGAUGUUCUUGAAGCCCAUCUGUCAUCAGAUAUUAACGUGAAAGAAGUUCUUAAAGCUGUGAAAAUCCUUCUGCUAUCAGAGACUAAAGUGAACGAUGUUCUUGAAGCCCAUCUGUCAUCAGAUAUUAAAUUGAACGAUGUUGUUAUGAAAACUAUUCUAUCAGAGACUAAAUUGAACGAUGUUGUUAUGGAAACUAUUCAAUCAUCAGAGACUAAAAAGGAAGCUAUUGAGUGGAUAUCGAAACAGAAUACAAGCCAAAAUGCACACUCCAACGAUGAAAUCAUAAACAAUUUGCUGGCAUACUUGAAUAUGAAUACAAAUGAUCGCAUUUCAAGUGUUUGUCAAGCAAUACAAGAGUUCCUUGACAAAACAAAUAUCGAAACAUGUCAAUGGCUGACUAUACAAGAAGUAUUGAACUUUGAAGUCAGUCAGGAUGUGGUGUUGAGAGGUUUUACUCAUUUAACUGAUGAUGUCUUAUUUUCUAUUCGCAAUUUUAAGCCAGAUGUUAAAACUGACGUAGAGCUAAAAAAACGUGUACAGCUUAUCGAAAGAUUAUACUCUCGAGAUAUCUACAAAUUUCUUGGUGAGAGUUUACCAAUGUAUGGAACUGAUUUAGAUGACAAGAUAGAAAGUGAGUGGAGCAAGAUGCCAGAAGACAUCAAGACAUUAGCAUUGACAGAUGAAGAAAAAAUGCAGCAAAUCAUUUACAACAAGUGUAAUCCUAACAAAGCAGUCACACCUGGAUCUAUAUUUUUAGAAGAUAUAAAAUUAAUUAUUACCAAACUGGAUUUUGGAAUGAAGGAUGAGAAUCCGAUUCACAGACUAAGAGUGUAUCAAAAAGGAAAUUUACAUGAAGGAAUUAAGUUAGAACAAACUCAGUGACUACUCGGCUCCCUGUAUAUUCAGUUUAUUCAGUACUGUCUGUAGUCUGCGGGCACAAAGCAAGUUACACUAGUUUACUGACAAUUUAAUUUUCCAGAAUGAUGAAGAAUCAGUAACUAAGAGAAUACUAAGGAUGAGAAUAUAUCGUUUCGAAAAAGGUGGGAGUUAAAAUAUUUCACAUCGGUAUUCAAAGCUUAAUAUACAAUUCCUGCAUUAGAGUGCCCAAAGAGUACAAUUACAAACGACAUUACGCUAAUCACAAAAAGACGUAUGAUGCUUACACUUGGAAAAUGAGAGAUGAUAAGAUACUUGAAUUGAAAAAUAGUUCUAAAAGGCAACAAACAGUAAUUGUUAAACUGAACAACAAGAGUGAGUCUGCAGCGAAAGCCAGCUACAUUUUGUCAAACUUAAUUGAAAGACAUAGCAAAUCAUUUAGUGAAGGUGAUUUUAUUAAGAAGUGUGUGGUUAAAGCCACGGGAGUAAUUUGUGAAAGCAUUCAAAGAAAUAACGUUAACUAGGAACAAUGUCACUAAUAAAAUAAAUGACAUGUCAAUCAGCUUGCGUGAACAACUAAAGAACAAAUAUCUGAUUUUAAAUUAUUUUCAUUGGCUCUCGAUGAGUCCACUGAUGUAACGGGUGUAGCACAGUUGGCUAUAUUCAUAAGGGCCUGUGACAGGAAUUUGAGAUACACGAAGAACUACUUGAGCUCUGUGCAUAGCACCACAACAAUCGAUGAUUUUUUGAGAAACUACAACAGGAGAUAUUGCAUUACAAUUUACCUUUGCUAAAGCUAGCUAGUCUAACAAUGGAUGGGACACUAACCAUGAUUGGGGUUUGACAUGCAAAAAUAAGAGAGAUUGAUGAUAAAAUCUUAAAUUUGCUAAUUUUCAGUGCGUCAUUCAUCAAGAAGCAUUAUGUGCAGAACAAUUACAGUUCCAACAUGUGCUAAGAGCAGUUUCAGUCGUUAUCAAUUUUAUUCGUGCCUGUGGGUUAAAUCAUCGCCGAUUUUCUUAUCUUAUCAUAUAUAAUACAGACGUUACUUCAAAAAAGUCAUGCAUUCGAUCAUGCAUAUUAACCAAUGACUUAAAUUCUGCCAAGUCUGGCUAGUUCAGGCAACCCAUUCCAUGCUCUAAUAACACUAGGGAAGUAGGAGUAUUUGUACAAAUUUGUCCUAGCAUAUGGGAUGAGGAAUGUGCCUUUAUCUUUGUGUCUUUCUGAGUAUGUUAUUAAAUUUUGUUUUUGUAUUUGAAGAUUAUGAUUCAGUGUUUUAUGUAUAAUUGCUACUUUACUUUUAAGUCUUCUAUCCUGAAGGCUUUCUAAAUUUAGUGAUUUAACUAAAUGUGUUACUCUAGUCAAAUGUGAAUAUUAGUUUGUUAUGAAUCUCACUGCUUUAUUUUGUGUCUUUUCCUGUUUCUUAAUGUUUUCUUGAGUUGUGGGGUCCCAAACAGAGGACGCAUAUUCUAUUAUUUGGCCUGGAUUUUCUGGAUGAAAUUGGACAGGAAUUAGAUUGUGUUCCCUACUACACAGAAGUCCGCUGUCUCUCCUGUCUGUAACAUCUGGUAUAGUCCUACACCUGGAAUCGUUAUUAGAUAAUUUCAAUGACAGUUUUUUGUGACUUCAUUAUAUACGAGCAAGAAUUUUCGUUGUUUGUAUCUCCAUUUUCAUUUGCUGCUGAAAUUGCUGCAGAUAAUGUGCACCUGGAGCUGAUGGAAUUGCAGUCAGAUUUUUAGUUAAAAUCGAAGUAUAUAGAAGUGGAUGUGCCAAAAUUUUACAGAUGAAUUGAGUAAAUUUGCAUCCAUAAUUCUUGCUAUGUAUGCAAGCACUUAUCUCUGCGAGCAGUUCUUUUCCAUAAUGAAAGCUACAAAAACAAAUCAAAAUUUUGCAUCAGUGAUGAAAGUGUCAGUGGCCAACAAACUUCAAGCAUCAGGACAACAAAACUAAUGCGUAAUCAUAGAAAUUUAUUAAUGAACGAAAUAGUACUACAACUUUAGCUAACUAAGGAACAGGCAUUCCAUUUAUUAUUGUAUUAUAUUGUAUUGUUUCUAAUUUAAAUACUGUUAGGCUAAGUUUCCAACUGAUUUUUGGCUGCAGCCCUUCAUGUUAUUGUAAGUUUUUCAUGUGGUCCAUACACCUUAAUGAGUUUGACAUGCCUGGUCUAGUGUCACCCAGUCAUAGGGAAUGAAGUUUAGUAAACUUACUAUUUUGUGUUAUAAAAACACGUGUAGUUUUAACUUAGAUCUCUCCAUCUUUCUCUCUGUCUUUUCUUUUUCUUUUUCAUUCUUUCAAUUUAUCUAUCUCUCUCUCUCCUUAUCUCACACACACACGCGUGCUCUUCCUUAUUUGUCUAUGUCUCUUCUUAACUUCAUCUGAGGCGUAACUAUCGAAUGUCAAAGCGCUGUGUUCAUUUCUAAAUAACACCAGGUUCAAUUGAUUAAAAUAUUUUUAUUAAUACUAUUACGAUGAAAAUAUAAAAUAAACAGAUCUUCAUCCUUGUGGCUCUACAACACAUGAAAUCAGCAUUUGCUUCGACACAUCUUUCCAUUCAUAUUUCUCUUGGUUCUUUCUUCUCCUUGUUCACUUGGUAGUUGUAAUGCCUCUACAUUUCAUCAAGAAUUAUGUUAGUCUCUUUUUCAAUGGCCAUUUUUUUAGUGCACUAUUUUCGCCUCUCUACCUAUUGACAUAUUUUCACUGACCUGCAUAGCGUAGUCCAUUUCCUUGUCAUUAUGAAAAACUCUAUUAUUCGAGUUGAUUUUUCUAGUUAUUUAAAAGCCUUAACGACGUUAGCAGGGUACUUAUCAAAAUGGAACAAUACCAUCAGUCAUAUAAUUGUGUUUUGUUUUUUUUAAAUCACGUUUCUAAAAUACAUGAUUUAGUUUCAUAAUAUUAUAUAGUAAAUAAAUUUUGCUAUAUUGUAUUUAUAUAUGUAAUAUCUUUUGGUUUAAAAUAAGAUAGAAUUUACAGAUUUUGGCCCUGAAUUCACACUGACAAUCACUUAAGAUUGUGACAAGUCAAAAGCUUGCUGUCAGUCACUCAAUUUUAUCACAGCAUUAAUUAUUAUUAUUUAUUUAUUUUAUUUUAAUUUUUUCCCAUUUUUAGUCCCGAUUUCACUACCAACCCCCACCCUUUUCAUCUUCUCGCUAGACUUAGUCCACCACCUUGUCGACAACCAUGCCACGACUUCUCGUUUAUCUCCCCUUGACCGGGGAAAAGAUCAAACAAACAGUCACUUACUUUGGUCCUAGGCGCCGGAUGUUCGACUUUCAAGUCGAAACCACCUGGGAUGGAACACGAUUCAUUAAGUCUUCUGCCACACCCACGUCUCUCUUUGAUCAAGGAGAUUUAUCGUGUCACCACGCCUCUUGACCCUUCCAAUGUGCAUCUUUCGUCGGACUUUACCCACGUGAGAGAUAAUCUUUAGUCAAUCGCAUUUCCUGUUUCCGCCCAUCUCUUCCGGACCUUUAUAAGGUAGAAUAAGGCGGAACAGGUACACUCCUUCACUUCUCAUUCUCGCCAACAGUCGUGUCUGGACUAUUUCAUUUAUUCUUAGAGGAAUUCCUGGUGGUAAGCCGAACGUAAUCACAGUUCCAUCUUAAUUACUUUGUGUAUAUUUCUAGAAGUUAUCAUGUGUAUUUUGCUUAUUUCAUUUAUAUUUAAUUAGUGCAUUGUGUAUUUCCCACUGUCGUAAGUAGAAACCAUAAACAUGGCAUAUGUAUAUAUUUAUGUAUUGCAUUAAUCUAUUAAUGCUACGUUGCUCAAGUGAUCGUUGAUGCAACCAUGUAUAUCUUAUUUUAUAUCUUAUUUUAUUUCCUUUAUCUCGGCUGACCGCCUUGAUAAUUUUACUAGCGCACUAAUACUGCGCUUAGAAAAGAGAUAUGAAUUAUCUCCCACUUUACUCAUUUUACUCUGACGAGAGUUGCGCCCCUUGAACGGACUCUCUCUCCAUUCAAGCGCACUCCAUGUUCAUGACCGAUGGCUAUAUGUAAACAAACAGU